ACUCCACUCCACUCCACUCCACUCUACUCCACUCUACUCCACUCCACUCCACUCUGCUCCACUCUGCUCUGCUCCACUCUACUUCAUCUUGAUUCGAAUCGAUCGCUACCAUACUUUCUCCUACAUAACACAUUUCAUCUUUCAAUUUUCUCCCCGAGUGCACGCCCCUCUGCCAUACCAGCGACUCUUUUUUUCUUUUUUUCUGCCGCGGGUUAACACCGAUCGUUUUCCAUCUUUUCCUCUUUCGCUCUCCACAAUCAACAAUCAACAAUGUUGGGAAGGAAUGCCACUCGUCCCUUUGGCAUGUCUCCCUCGCGACUCGUCGCCAUCUACAGCACCACGGCAUCGCACCGGAUAGCGCACUGGAUCACAAAGCCCUUCGCCAUGGUCCACAUGCAGCGCUACCUCUCCGUCACCCCUCAACUUCUCCUGACAACACCGCCGAAUUCCACCAACGGAUCAAUAGAUCUCUCCGCCUCGCCUUCUGUUGCUGGCGUCCACACCUCUGCAGCUUCAUUGCAACAGCAGCAAAUACAGCAGCAGCAGCAAGACCCCUUGUCGGAAAAGCUAUCCAUAGCCUCGUCAGCCUCUAUUCCUGCUACCGCUGCCAACAGCACCAAUAGUGCCACCAAUUCUUCCCCUACAGCAUCGCCCACUGCUAUUGCGAAUAACCCUACCGCAACUCCCGCAAGCUCUACCACAGCAACAGCAUCGGCAGCAGUACCAGCCCCAGGCUCUACAGUGGCGUUCAAUUACCUCUUAGCGGCAUCAUGGCAUCCAAAGUCCAGGAAUACAAAGCGAACAGCUGCUUCUUUAUCGGCAAAUUCGCCAUCAUCUUCGUCAGGAUCCGAUGACGAGGACGAGAGCAAGACCAAGUGGUGGAAGCAAAAAUUGAGAGCUGGCAAGGUCGAUGCAGGCGAGGAUGCUUUUUUCCAUGUCUCCACCCCAAGUCGAGUCGCAUUGGGAGUCGCAGAUGGAGUCGGAGGAUGGUCGGAGGUCGGUGUUGAUCCAGCUCUGUUCUCCUGGGCCCUAAUGGACAACGCUGAGGCUGUGGCCCGUCUGACUGAUGUUGAUCACUCGGACUCCAAGGACGACACCAAUGGACAAAGGAGUAGAAAGAUACCUCUGGAUGCCCAGUCGAUCCUUGACGGUGCAUAUAGUGAGCUGGUCCAGAGCGGGAAGGUUGAAGCAGGAUCAAGUACCGCCUGCAUUCUUUCGCUAUGCAAGAUGACUGGAACACUACGCGCAUCUAAUCUAGGAGACAGUGCGUAUCUGUUAAUCCGUGACAACAAGUGUAUUUACGAGUCUCCCUCGCAGCAGCAUUUCUGGAACUGCCCUUAUCAGCUCACGGUGCUGCCACCGGGGUACCCGGGAGCGAAGCAGCAUGUUAUGGAUAUGCCUAAGGAUGCCGCCCAAACGAGGCACCAGCUACAGGAUGGCGACGUGAUUGUGUUGGCAACAGACGGAUUCUGGGACAAUGUGUUUACGAAGGAAGCGAUUGAGCUGGUCGACAAAGAGCUGGGCGAUAUUAUCAAGCUGCCAACAGCGAAUGGGGUUUCGGAUGCAGAUAUUGUUGGGAGGGUGCGGGCACUCUCCCAACGGCUGACGAAUACUGCGAGACGCUUUUCGCUGGAUCAGAAGAAGCGGACGCCAUUCAGUCAGGGUGCUAGGCACAUACGAUCUGGAGGAAAAAUCGACGAUAUCACGGUGAUCGUGACCCUGGUCCGUGUCCUUGCCAGCCAGGAACAUGCCUAGUCCUUGUAUCCAAUCUAGAUAAUACAUACUGCAGUCCAAUCACUUAGAUUAUGUUUCCAUGUAAAAUACCAAUAUUAUGAGAGUAUAGAACAAUUCUUGUUCGUAAAU